AAGAUAACUUUCACCGCUGGUUUUCACUUCAGCAGCAAAAUGGCGGAGUUCCAGCGCCUGGGGGUCCGCAAGUUCCCUAAAAUCGCUACUCGUCAGACAAGCGAAACAAGAUAUUGGAAAAAACUUAGCUUUCCCAUUAUCGUCAAGGAGUACGGUACAGUUAGCCACGUGGAUUUCUGUAGAUCAAAGCCCCACGAUUUUAUAGCUACUUGCUCGUCACGUAUCCAAAUUUACAGUUCCAGCACAAACCAAGUCAACAAAUCAUUCUCAAAUUUUAAGGAAAAAGUUUACUGUGGUAGUUUUCGUAAUGAUGGGAAAUUGAUAGUUGCUGGAAGAGAGAAUGGCUCAGUGCAGCUAUUUGAUGUCAACAGUAGAGCUGUUUUGAGAGAAUUUAAGGGGCAUACUAGCUCAGUUCAGGUUACCAAGUUUAUGUUGGACAACUUGCAUGUGAUGUCUGGCUCUGAUGAUCGGUCUGUAGUGUGUUGGGAUAUAGCAACUGGGCAAAGUAUAACAACAUUUAAGGAACAUGAGGAUUAUGUACGCUGUGGUGUUUCUAGCCAGAGCAGUAAGGACCUCUUUGUUACAGGUGCCUAUGACCACUGGCUCAAGGUAUGGGAUGCACGCAGCCAGGGUAGUGUUUUAUCUAUGGAUCAUGGCUCUCCAGUGGAAAGUGUACAGAUCUUUCCAACAGGUGGAAUAUGUGUGUCAGCUGGUUCUAACAUCAUCAAAGUUUGGGAUAUAUUAGGAGGUGGAAGACUCCUAGCAGGAUUCUCAAACCACCAGAAAACCAUUACAUCUAUUUGCUUUGAUGGAGAUUAUAGACGUCUGUUGUCUGCAUCGCUAGACAGGCAUGUUAAAAUUUACGAUAUUCAAGAUUAUACAGUUGUUCACAGCAUGGAUUAUCCAUCACCUAUCCUUAGCCUUGCUGUUUCACCUGGCAAUACACAUGUCGUGACUGGUAUGGCAAAUGGGUACCUGUCCAUAAAAUAUCGAAUAAAACAAGAAGUGCAAGAUGAAGUCCAAACAGCCAAGAAGCUAACAGCUGGAACGUAUCGUUACUUCGUACGUGGCAAAAAAUUCCAGCCUGAUAAGGGAGAUUUUGUUGUGUCAGCACAAAGGAAACACAAGUUGAAGGAACAUGACCAAUUGUUAAAAACGUUUCAGUACUCAAAGGCUCUUGAUUCCGUUCUGAGGAAGCCUUCCUAUUGUCGCACUCCACUUCUUGUCAGUCUUCUCCAAGAGUUAAUACGGCGAAAGGGUCUGAAGAGAGCACUGGCGGGGAGGGAUGAGGAUGGCUUGGUUCCUAUUCUAGAGUUCAUCACAAGAUAUGUUAGUAAUCCGCGGUAUACAGUUCUUCUUAUCGAUGUCACAAAUGCAGUUCUUGAUAUCUACGGACCUGUGUUUGGUCAGUCGGCAAAAGUGGAUCAACUAUUCUCCAGGUUAAAAGACAAGAUUGGUAGUGAAAUUCAUUUCCAGCAGAAAUCUUUCGAGUUGCUUGGAAGUUUAGAUAUUUUGUUUGCAGCAGCCAUUUCUACUUCAUCAUUUACAACCGAUCUAGACGAAGGAGAGUAACCAUCAUAUGCCUACCAGUACCUAAAUGAAUGAGGAGACCUGCAGGCGAAUACCCAAAAACACGUAAAUGUUAAGAGAGCUUAUAGGAACACACGCCUUAUGUAAAUUAUUGUACAGAAACUAUUUUAUUAAAAUUGUCAGUGAAAAAAAAAAAAAAGAAAAGGAAAAACGCACCUAAAACAAAACAAAAAAAAUUAUAAUAAAAGAAACCAUUCUCUUGACGAAUAUGUUGAAUUACGUUAGAAUAUUUAACAGACUGACUGACUGAGAUAACGGUAACUUCACAAUCAUUUCAGUUCGAUUGUUGCUCUUACAAAAUGUAAUUCUUUCCAAAUGUUCACUUUGUUAGCAAAGUAAAACGAACUGUAAAAAAUUGAAAUUGAUUUAA